GAGAACAAUAUAUUGCUCCCAAUUUACACAAUACAAUUAUCCCCUGACAGCAAUAUAAAUAAUCUGUUAAAAAUAAACCAUUUUAACUACUUCAGAAUAAAAUGGGAAAAAAUAGUAAAAAGAAAAGGAUGACAUAACUCAAUGCCACAAAUGCCAGCGACUAGGCCACACAGCGCAAAAUUGCAACCUAAACUACCGCUGUGUUAAAUGCAGUGGGCCCCAUGGCCCAGGCGACUGCAAAAUAAAAAGGGAAAACGCAGUAACCAAAGACAAAAUAUUCUGCGUCAACUGCCAAAACUACGGACACCCCGCGUCAUACAAAGGUUGCCCCAAACUCGUAGAGCUUCGUAAAAAGCUAGCCGAUAAAAUCAAAAAAGACUGAGAAACAAAGAUAAAACGAAUUGCCCAAAUAAGCCGCAAAUACGUCCCAGAACUAAAGUUCUCUGACGUAGUGAAACAACAAACAAAAUUAAAUCAAACAAUCGAAAACACAUCACAUUUAACAAACUUAGAUCCGCGCUCAAGCCAAAGCUCAAUCACAAUCGAUGACUCCCCCCAUCUAAACAUUAUAAACGUUAUUGAAGACUUUAAAAAAGGUAUUCUCCAAGCGUUAAAAGAACAACAAAUGCAAUUAAAUGAAAUAAAAAAUACACUAUCAACGCACGAAGAAAGGUUCGACGCCAUCUUCAGCACUUUUAAUAGUACAGAUGACGAAUAACCAAAACACGCUAAACCAACAAUUACAGCAAAAAACACAUAAAUUUAACCUAAAGCAUCUGAAAAUAAUUGCAAUAAAUGCUAACACUUUAAUCUCAAACCAAAAAAGAUACAGUAUGCUAACCCUAAUAAAUAAAGAAGCCCCCAAUAUGGUACUCAUCUCAGAAACAAAACUAAACAAAAGACACAAUGUUCACUUCAAAAACUACUCCAUGAUAAGACACGACAGACCGAACGCCAGUCAAGGAGAAGGAACAGCGAUCCUCAUAAAAAACCCUAUAAAAUACAAAACAAUUCUAAUUGAUAAAAUAACAAUUUUCAAAACCUUAGAAACAACGAUCAUAAAAAUAAAAAUAAGCAAUAAGGAAAAUAUAUUCAUCACUGCAGCCUACGCAACCUAUGGAAACCAGAAAGAAUUUAACUACGAAUUCAAUAAUCUUUUCGAACUCUUACAGCUCAACAAACCGGAAAACUACUAUAUAAUAGCAGGAGACCUUAACGCAAAACAUACAAGCUGGAAAAAUGAAAUAAACAACACGAGAGGCAACUUCAUUAGAAACUGGCUAGACAAUAAAAGCAUCCACUACAAAACAAACUUAUACAGCUCCGAGCUACCCUCUUACCCAAAAGGAGGCUCAUACCUGGACAUAUGCCUAGCAGAUGCGCGACUAAAAUUCCAAAACCUACGUCCAAACAACACCCUAAAAACCUUAGCCUAUGACAGUGACCAUAACGCCCUAGUAUUUCAAAUUAACAAAAACACAUCUGACUUCCUAACACUCGAAACCCAGACCGAGACACCCAGGUACAACUACAAAAAGACAGACUGGAAAAAGUUCCAAAACACACUCGAACAAAACUGCGACCUAAAGAUCUACAGCAACGUCAACCUAACAAACAGACAAAUCGACUCAUUCUUAGACGAAAUAGAAAAACACACACAAAUCGCUCUCCAAAAAUCCGUGCCAAUCAUAAAACAAAAAAAUUCAUGCGAGCCCUAUAUAAACAAUAAAAUAAAAGAUCUACAGCGAGAUAAAAGCUACAUACUGUCCAAAAUAAACAAUAUAAAACUCAACUAUUCCUACGACAAAAGAGAAGAAUUAGAAUUCCUAAAGUUCCUACUACACAGAAUAAAAGCGAAACUGAAACAAGAAUUCGCAAUUUCUAUAAACCAUUACUGGACAAACAAAAUAAAAAACAUCUCCAAGAACGACUCAGCCAACAUGUUCCCACAAAUAAAUCAAAUCUUUAGACCAAAAGAACGGGGCCCCAUCCCACCUCUCAAACUGCCCCCAGAAAAUGCCCCCCUCAUCCAAGAAGCAGGUAUAACGAUACACAACACCAUCAAAGACACCGAGGGUAACUUCAUAAUACCCAAAACAAUAGAAAAACUAGACAUCAUCGGCACCCACUUUUCCAAAAUACAUACGCAAAACGAACACAUGGGCCGAGAACAACUAAACAGAAUUAUCAUCGCCGAAACAAACAAACUCAAAAAUGAAAUGGAACAAGACAAAAUGCUAAACAAAACAGUCUGCACAUUCUCAAACGAAAACACCGCAGACAAUCCCAAACAACCAGAUCCAGAAAUAAACUACUUCACAAAUUACAAUCAACUAAACAUAAUCCUCUCCAAACUAAACAACAAAAAAUCCUCCGGCUUCGACGGCAUCCCAAACAUCCUACUCAAGCGCCUACCGAACAAAAUAAAAUGGUACUACACGGUACUCUUCAACAAUGCUCUAAACAACACAUACUUCCCUAGAAAAUGGAAAAACGCCAAAUUGAUAGCCAUAACAAAAAAGAACAAAGACGGCUCAUCGCCCGCAAACCUACGACCCAUAAGUCUCCUCCCCAACAUAAGCAAAGUAUUUGAAAUAACCAUAAACAACCCCCUAACCUCCUUCUGCACAAAAAACAACAUAAUCCCAGAGAAUCAAUUCGGCUUCCGACACAAACACUCCACAAUCCACGCAAUAAACAAACUCACGUCGGACAUCUGCUGGGCUCUAAACGCAAAACAACGAGUAGCCGUCUAA